UAAGCUUGACUUCGCUGUUGAUGCCGGCUUCCACACUGAUGAACUUUAUCAGCGUGCAAAGACAGUAUACGAUCGUGCCGAACACCUGGCCUCAUCAUGUCAUCUACUCCAACCAAUUAUUCUUGGCAAACUGGACUCAAUAUCUGAUUCUUCCACUUCCUCUCCCUUGCCAUCAUUUACAUCGUCAACUCAAGAAUCUCCUCAACCAAGGCCAAUUCGGCUUCAGCUCAAACGUUCAGCCACGUUUACUACCUUGGCUACGAGCAGCUCAGCAACAUCAGGAGACACACCACCCAGCCACCCAAGUGUGACUACAGUGACUCUCUACCACGAAUUCGAUGCAAACAG